AUGCCAGCCGGCACUUUAGAAAGAACGUCUCCCUCCGCCGGGGACUCAACACCGAGGAAACCUCGGACUCAGUCGGAGAACAGAAAGUCCUCCAAACCCGUCAUGGAGAAGCGGCGCCGCGCGCGCAUCAACGAGAGCCUGGGGCAGCUGAAGAGCCUGAUCCUGGAGGCGCUGAGGAAAGAUAGCUCCAGACACUCCAAACUGGAAAAGGCGGACAUUCUUGAGAUGACAGUGAAGCACCUCAGAAACCUGCAGAGACUCCAGAUGUGUGCUGCUGGGAACACAGACCCAGCUGUCCUGACUAAAUACCGAGCUGGAUUCAGUGAGUGUGUCGGGGAGGUCACCCGCUUCCUGUCCACGUGUGAAGGGGUGAACGCAGAGGUGACGACCCGCCUCCUCAGCCACCUCGCUGCCUGCGUGACCCAGAUCAGUUCUGUGAACCUGUUUCAUCCGGGCACCUUGGGACACACUGGCACACAGACCCCCGCGGGUUCAUCCCCUCAGGUGUCGCUGAAAAGCAGUUCCCACGCGCACGUUUCCCCAGAAGCGGUGAAGGUGUUCGGCAGCUUCCAGGUGGUGCCGUCGCCGGACGGACAGUUUGCUUUUCUUGUUCCCAGUGCAGCUCUCACACCUGUGACCGUACAAAACUUCCAUCACAUGUCACCUGCAGCGCCUGCUGCCACCUCAGACUCUGUGUGGAGACCGUGGUAG